AAUCUCUUCUGUAGCCACGGUCUGGACUUGGAAGCGUCGACCAGGCUGCGGAAUAACAAAGUCCAAAAACGCUUCAUGGAGUCCUGGACGGGAGGCAGGAGAAAGCAGGAGCUGCCGUUUACCUUCGAUGUUCACUAUGUGAGUGACAUUCCUCAGGACCACAGGAGGUGUUAGGGACAGAUAAGAGGCGCCUGGUGACAGUAAACAGAGACGCUGCUGAGAUUGGACUCACUGACGUACGCCGCGUCUCACCUCCCGUUGGGUUUAUCAGGAAAGGGAAACGAGCGAAACGACGACAACCCAAUGACAGAUACGGACACCAGGACAAAAAUGGCAGCCUCUCUCUCUCUCGCUCUCUCUCUCUCUCUCGCUCUCUCUCUCUCUCUCUCUCGCUCUCUCUCUCUCUCUCUCUCUCGCUCUCUCUCUCUCAUGUCUUGUUGUUCUCUUUUUUCUCCGUCUGUUCGACACUCAGGUUUGCUGAUUCCAGAGAAGGAGGGAAGUGAGUGCCAGAGCGCCAACACUCAUAAAUCUGAAUCCACCAGCAGGCCCCUGGCAGGAAGGAGCUCAGACCUCAGCAUAAUACACCGUCUUCACUCGUCUGUGUUGUGUCUCUCAGACCUCAGCAUAAUACACCGUCUUCACUCGUCUGUGUCGUGUCUCUCAGACCUCAGCACACUACGCCGUCUUCACUCGACUGUGUCGUGUCUCUCAGACCUCAGCACACUACGCCGUCUUCACUCGACUGUGUCGUGUCUCUCAGACCUCAGCACACUACGCCGUCUUCACCCGUCUGUGUCGCGUCUCUCAGACCUCAGCACACUACGCCGUCUUCACUCGUCUGUGUCGUGUCUCUCAGACCUCAGCACACUACGCCGUCUUCACUCGUCUGUGUCGUGUCUCUCAGACCUCAGCACACUACGCCGUCUUCACUCGACUGUAAUGUGUCUCUCAGACCUCAGCACACUACACCGUCUUCACUCGUCUGUGUCGUGUCUCUCAGACCUCAGCACACUACGCCGUCUUCACUCGUCUGUGUCACGUCUCUCAGACCUCAGCACACUACACCGUCUUCACUCGUCUGUGUUGUGUCUCUCAGACCUCAGCACACUACGCCGUCUUCACCCGUCUGUGUUGUGUCUCUCAGACCUCAGCACACUACGCCGUCUUCACUCGUCUGUGUCGCGUUUCUCAGACCUCAGCACACUACGCCGUCUUCACUCGUCUGUGUUGUGUCUCUCAGACCUCAGCACACUACACCGUCUUCACUCGUCUGUGUCGUGUCUCUCAGACCUCAGCACACUACACCGUCUUCACCCGUCUGUGUUGUGUCUCUCAGACCUCAGCACACUACACCGUCUUCACUCGUCUGUGUUGUGUCUCUCAGACCUCAGCACACUACGCCGUCUUCACUCGUCUGUGUCGUGUCUCUCAGACCUCAGCACACUACACCGUCUUCACUCGUCUGUGUCGUGUCUCUCAGACCUCAGCACACUACGCCGUCUUCACUCGUCUGUGUCGUGUCUCUCAGACCUCAGCACACUACGCCGUCUUCACCCGUCUGUGUCGUGUCUCUCAGACCUCAGCACACUACACCGUCUUCACUCGUCUGUGUCGUGUCUCACAAGUUGGCAUUGUGGUUAUUUUUAAAAUGAUUAAGUAAUUAAUUUGAUUAAAUUCACACCUUCAUAAGUUAAAUAAUGUCAUAGUCACUACAUGGGCUAUUUAUUUAUUUA